UCCUGACAAUGCUUGGAGGAAUCCAAGUUUAUUUUUAACACACAUUUUUUUCCUGCAUGGGGAUAAAAGACAGGUAUUCGUUAUAGUUCUAGGACAACUGGAUGCAUCUUUGUGUUGUGGGUCAACCGUAAAAAUGUUGGUGCUAUUGGCCGUGUUAUAUCUCCUUGAUGCACAUGUCAGAGGUAUUGAGAUCUGCUAUGAUGAUUUAGGCUGCUUCUCAGAUGCAAAGCCCUGGUCUGGAACAUUACAAAGGCCUCUAGCAGCACUUCCCUGGUCUCCUGAAACAAUUGACACACAUUUCUUUCUCUAUACCAGAGAAAACCUAAAUAAUGAAGAGGAAAUCAACCCAAAACAAUCAGAAAGCAUUAAGAAGUUGUCCUUCCAAAUAACAAGGAAAACCUGCUUUAUAAUACAUGGAUUGGCUUACAGAGCUACGGAUACUUUGCUGGAAGACAUUUGCAAGGAAAUUCUACGGGCUGAUGAUGUGAACUGUAUAGCAGUGAACUGGAAUAAAGGCUCAGGGGAUGUAUUUAAUUACGUGCAGGCGGCAAAUAACGUGCGUGUUGUAGGAGCACAGCUAGCCCAUUUAAUAAAAGUGUUUGAGCAAGAAGACAAAGACUUUGCUUCCAAAGUCCAUUUAAUUGGAUUCAGUCUUGGAGCUCAUGUCGCUGGAGAAGCUGGAAAAAGACAUUAUGGAAUUGCAAGAAUUUCAGGAUUAGACCCAGCUCGCCCAUUUUUUGAAGAUACUCCCAUUGAGGUCAGACUUGAUGAAUCUGAUGCACUGUUUGUGGAUGUGAUUCACACGGAUAGUGGCUCGCCUAUAGGGGUCGGGAUGAGAAAACCAGUAGGUCACUUUGAUUUUUAUCCUAAUGGAGGAAAACAAAUGCCUGGAUGUCAAUCCAUGCCGGGCAGUUACAGUGGUAACGGAAUAAUACAAAAAUUAGCAUGCAAUCACAUGCGUGCAAUGCAUUACUACAACGAGAGUAUCACAAAUCGAUAUGGAUUCCUAGGUUACCCUUGUGACAGUUAUGAAUUGUUCCAAUCAGGUUGGUGCUUCCCAUGUCCUGCUGGUGGAUGUCCUUCCAUGGGAUAUUUUGCAAGGGCAUCCCGUGAGAUAACGUCCAACUCCAGAUACCAAACCUUUUAUUUAAAUACUGGUAGAAAUCUCUAUCAGUUUUCAAGCUGGAGAUACAAAGUUUCUGUCAUGUUAAGUGGAAAAUAUGCAAUUCCUGGAAGCAUCUUUGUAUCGCUGAGUUCUACAGCAGGUACCACCCAGGAAUAUGAAGUUGUAAAAGAUAUCCUUUUUCCUGGAAACACAUUUUCUGGUUUUAUUGAUGUGGAAUUUGAACUGCUAAACAUUAACCAAGUGUACUUCAAGUGGUCUGCCCUGUUUUUUAAUGUAUUUCGGCAGAGUUUGGGAGCAGAACAGAUAGAUAUACAGAGUGGAAAGGACAGCAGCAUUUUUUCAUUCUAUUCCAAUGCUAUAAUCCGAGACAACAUCAUGCAAACACUCACACCAUGAUGAGAUCCAUGUUGGAUACGCUGUGCUGAUCUCCUACCACUGUAACUUCUAAUAAGCAAUUUGACACUUCCAUCUGUACAUACUGUGCUUGUUUUCUCAACAUGCCAGGUGUAGUGUCGAAAUCUGCUACCCGACGGAAUGUGUGACCACAUUCCUGAGCGCACACGUGACUGGUUGACCACCAAUCACUAUGAUUAUCAUGCUGCUGUUUAUA